AUGGCUGUCGCGCCCGCGACCGUUUCCAGUUCAGCACACGACCGAGAAGAUGUGCAUAUUGACAUCGAUGACCUCGAGUUGAAGGCGCAGGGGUAUGACCGGGCCAUGCCUCGGCGGUUUAAUCUUCUCUCCCUGAUCUCGAUGUCCUACGCCCUGCUUGCGACCUGGAACGGCUUUGGAAGUGCCUUUGGUACUGGAUUUACCGAGGCUUCUUCUGCCGGUUCCAUCUGGACCCUGACAAUCGCUGCAUUGAUGACAGCCGUCACGGGCAUUGGCAUGGCUGAAUUGGCAAGCGCAUACCCUGUUGCCGGUGCACAGUACUAUUGGUCUUAUGUGGUUGCAACCCCCGAGUGGGGACCGUUCGCCUCAUACAUUUCCGCAGGUAUCAGUACGUUGGGAUGGUGGCUGGGCCUUGCCAGUGUGACAAACUUCAUUGCGUCGAUGAUUACUGGUAUUGCUGUUCUCAACCAUCCAGAUUAUGUCAUUGAGAGGUGGCAUAUCUGGCUGAUAUUUGUGGCCAUCACUUGGUCAGCCAUUGCGAUGAAUGUGUUCGGGACGAGGUGGCUUCCUCUAUGGAACAAAUUCAUCCUUUUCUUCUCGGCGACAACGUUGAUUGUCACGAUGAUCACGAUUCUGGCUUGCGCUGCUCCCAAAUUUCAGUCUGCCAAAUUUGUUUUCUCCGACACGACCAACUCGACCGGCUGGCCAAAUGAUGGGCUCGCGUUCCUCCUGUGUCUCGUGAACGCCCUCUAUGGUUUCCUUGGCGUAGAUUGCGGUUCACAUCUAUGCGAAGAGAUUCCAAGACCUACAGUCAAUGUGCCGAAAGUGAUUAUGUACCCGGUCUUGAUGGGAUUCGUCACAUGUUUUCCCUACGCAAUUUCACUGUCCUUCGUGAUUACCGACUUUGAAAAGGUCAUUGCCACGCCAACCGGCCUCCCACUCAUCGAAGUCUAUUACCAGGCGACCGGCAGUAAAGCCGGCACUUCAAUCCUAAUGGUGGCAUUUGCAAUAUGCUUCUUCGGGUGUGCCACAGCGAGUGUUACCAGUGCCAGCCGACAGAUGUGGUCUGCCUCGAGGGACAACUGUUUCCCUUUCGCAAAGUAUUGGAGACAAAUCCAUCCCCGCUGGCAAAUGCCGGUGAACGCAGCAUUGCUGACAGAAUCGGAGCUGUACGGAUUGAUCUACUUGGGAUCGUCAGCUGCGUUCGCUUCCAUGGUGGGCGCCUGCAUAGUCUUUCAAACGACCAGCUACGUCGUCCCGCAAGGCAUUCUGGCGUGGCGAGGAAGAGACAAAGUCUUGCCACCAAGAGCAUUGAAUCUCGGCAAAUUCGGCCUUCCGCUGAACGUCCUCGCUUGCGUCUGGGUCGUGUUCAUUGAUAUCAUUUACUGCCUUCCAGUAUUCCGGCCGGUCACAGUCGGUAAGGUCUUCCUUCUCGCUGAUGUGGUGAUUGUCGGUCUGGUGUCCUUCCUUCUACUCAACUGGGUGGUCUACCAGAGACACAUCUUCAAAGGUCCGAAUCUCAACAUGGAGCUGCUUCAAGCCGCACGUCACGAUGAGCUGCUUGGACAUCGGACGAUCGACGGGGUGCCCGUAGGAGAUGACAAUGGAAUCCUCGAGGCACUUAGGCAGCGCUCUAUUUCUCAGGAUAAGAAGGCCUAA